AUGAAGGUCGUGUUUUUUAUUUUUCUUUCCAUAACAGGCGUAGUGUGCGGUCGCGGGCAUCUGUCCAUUUUCAGAAGACCAGGAUCGUUUGAAGUUGAUAAGCUACAAAAGACACACUUCAGAAGGUUCUCUGAAACGGCUGUGUAUUUUGCAUCCAAAGAUAAUGUCACCAAAGAUGGAUCUGGUGAAGGGAACAAGAAAGCAGCCGGUGAAGGAGGUGGCAAAAAAUCCUCUGGGGGUUCAGGGAAAGGUGGAAAUCAGCUGAGGUGCCCGAAGUGCGGAGAUCUGUGCACCCAUGUCGAGACCUUUGUCUCCUCUACCCGUUUUGUGAAGUGUGAGAAGUGCCACCAUUUUUUCGUCGUGUUAUCUGAGGCGGAUUCAAAGAAAUCUAUAAACCGAGAACCAGAGACUGCUGCUGAAGCUGUGAAACUAGCAUUUCAACAGAAGCCACCUCCACCCCCAAAGAAGAUUUAUAACUACCUUGACAAGUAUGUGGUGGGUCAAUCAUUUGCAAAGAAGGUCCUUUCUGUAGUAGCAGUGUACAAUCAUUACAAGCGGAUAUAUAACAACAUCCCAGUGAACAUCAGACAACAAGCGGAGGUGGAAAAACAGUCCUCAUUAACCCCAAGAGAGAUAGAGAUCAGAAGACGGGAAGAUGAGUACAGAUUCACAAAACUACUGCAGAUUGCCGGCAUCAGUCCACAUGGCAAUGCUCUGGGAGCCUCCAUGCAGCAGCAAGUGAACCAGCAGAUGCCACAGGAGAGGAGGGGUGGUGAUGUGCUGGACUGCAAUCACGAUGACAUCAAGCUGGAGAAAAGCAAUAUCCUGCUUCUGGGCCCCACAGGCUCUGGUAAAACUCUUCUUGCACAAACUCUAGCAAAGUGCUUGGAUGUCCCAUUUGCUAUAUGUGACUGUACCACUCUGACACAAGCUGGAUAUGUAGGAGAGGACAUUGAGUCUGUGGUUGCCAAACUAUUGCAGGAUGCCAAUUACAAUGUGGAGAAAGCUCAGCAAGGUAUUGUCUUUUUAGAUGAAGUUGACAAAAUUGGUAGUGUUCCUGGCAUUCACCAGCUGAGAGAUGUGGGGGGAGAAGGCGUACAGCAGGGCUUGCUGAAACUGCUGGAGGGAACGAUCGUUAACGUCCCAGAGAAAAAUUCAAGGAAGCUGCGAGGUGAAACCGUACAAGUGGACACAACGAACAUUCUCUUUGUAGCUUCUGGAGCCUUUAAUGGCCUGGACAGGAUAAUCAGCAGAAGGAAAAAUGAGAAGUAUCUGGGGUUUGGCAUAACCUCCAACUUGGGCAAAGGACGGCGAGCGGCAGCAGCAGCUGACCUAGCAAAUGCCAGCGCAGAAUCUAAUGCCGUGCAGGACAUCGAGGAGAAAGACCGGUUAUUACGACAUGUAGAGGCCAGGGACCUUAUAGAGUUUGGCAUGAUUCCUGAGUUUGUGGGACGUCUUCCGGUAGUGGUGCCACUUCAGAGUCUUGACGAGGAGACCCUUGUGCGCAUUCUCACAGAACCCAGAAAUGCUGUUGUUCCACAAUACCAGGCUCUGUUCAGCAUGGAUAAGUGCGAGUUGAACGUUACGGAAGGCGCUUUAAGAGCGAUCGCUAGACUGGCUUUGGAGCGAAAAACUGGUGCUAGAGGACUCCGGUCAAUCAUGGAAAAGCUGCUUCUUGAGCCGAUGUUUGAGGUUCCAAACUCUGACAUAGUAUGUGUGGAGGUUGAUCAGGAUGUAGUGGACGGAAAGAAAGAGCCUAGUUAUAUUAGAGCACAAAAUAAAGAGGUGUCAGAGGAAGAGUACGACUCUGGAGUGGAAGAAGAAGGCUGGUCUCGGCAGGCUGAUGCAGCAAACAAUUAA